AAUCAGUCUGUGUUACCGGGAUGAGGAUGAGGAAGUGUGAGCCUUAAACCUUCCCACUCAAAAUUUCACUCAAUCUGGAGAAACUUCUACAUCCUACAGGACAGGAUAAAGAAGGGUGGGGAAGGGUUAGGAUGUUUUUCUGCCAGAAGUCCAAGCGACAGAGUGGACAGGAGGAUGUUGUUGUUGACGUUCUGAUGUGGACUUAUUGGUGACGUUGCGCCCUGCCAUGACACACUCCCAGCUUUGUGCCUUGUGGCUGGGCUGCAUGGGCUGGAUUCUAACUGCCGUGGCUAUGGGACUCGUCCAGUGGAGGGUUUGGUUGGUGUAUGACAACGAAGCGAUCAGCUCAGGCAUAGCCUGGGUGGGCAUGUGGAGGGCCUGCUUCAACAGCCACACGCAGGUAAGCCCUGGCUUCGUGGUCACACACUGCAGGUACAUCAGCCUCUCGGAGGCGUCCACACCACCUGAGAUUGCAGCGGGUCAAGUCCUCAUGCUCCUGUCUGUGCUCGUGGGCUUGCUGGGGAACAGCAGUGGGGUUUAUGCCCUGAGGAACGUCCACUUUGGAUUGGAGAAGAACUUUCCCAGCUGCUUCUUUAUCACAGGGGCGCUGUUCUUGUCAGCUUCUGGGAUGUCACUUGUGCCCCUCGCAUGGAAUCUGAGCUCAGUGGUGACCAAUCAGACCAUCAUGUUCCCCCCCGCAUUCAAGAUGCCCCGGGCCCCUGAUUCUCAGCAUGUGGGCUGUGGCAUCGCCAUGGGUUUGGUGGGCACAGUCCUGAUGGUUGUGUCUGGGCUUAUGUACUGUAGAUACAGGUCACCAAUAAGGUUGCGGUGGGACGUCUCUGGCGGAAAGGAUAACCCAGCAUUUGAUUCUCAUGAACAUAUUUGGGACAUUUAGUUUUAUUCAUGUCACAUGACUCUCUUUGAGAUCAUCUGUUUUGGUGUCAUCCAUCCAUCCAAUGCAUUUUCUACCAGGAGUACAGGAAAAAAAUUCACACACAGGAAGAACAUGUAAACUCCACACAAAGACACCCAAAGGAAGAUUCAAGCCCUUGAUCUGCUGACUGUGAGGCAAAAUGCUAACCUCGAGACCACCGUGCUGCCCAUUUGCAAGUAAACCAGUAAAUGUAUUGGUCAAUGCAAUGAUAUGAUACAUGUACACAUAAAUAAAUAUAUAAAUGAGUA